AUGGUGCAAGCAUUCAAUGAAAACGGAUCCAUAAACCAUUAUAAUUACAACUAUGUGAUGGGUGCUAUCAUGGCGUAUUUGGUGCACUGCAACGCCGCACGAAACGAGCUUUGUUACAAGACUCGUUAUGGCAACAUGUGUGGAGCCGGCGAAGGGAUGCCGAUGCAGCGGACUAGAACCGGUCGAACACCGACAUGUCUUGAGAUCGGAGCAAUUUUGGGUAGGAAGAUACCCCCUACCAAAGCACCACCAUAG